GCGGGCACUGGCGGCAGAGGAACCCGGGAGCUGGUGGGCGAGGUUUUCAGAGAAACGCUCAGCGAGGAGGAGGAGGAAGACUUUCGACUGGAAGUGGCCCUGCCCCCCGAGAAGACCGACGGGCUGGCCAGUGGAGAUGAGAAGAGGAUGGAGAAGCUGAGCGAGUCCUGCCCGGGCUCCAAGAAGCAGCUGAAACUGGAAGAGCUGCAGUGUGACGUGUCCGUGGAGGAGGACAGCCGGCAGGAGUGGACCUUCACCCUGUAUGACUUUGACAACAACGGGAAGGUCACCCGCGAGGACAUCACCAGCCUGCUGCACACCAUCUACGAGGUGGUGGACUCCUCCGUCAACCACUCCCCGACGUCCAGCAAGACGCUGCGGGUGAAGCUCACCGUGGCCCCCGACGGGAGCCAGGGCAAGAAGAGCAUCCUUCUCAACCACCCCGACCUGCAGAGCACCAGGCCCAGAGCGGAGACCAAGCCGGCGGAGGAGCUGCGGAGCUGGGACAAGAAGCAGCGAGCCCCCCUCAGGUUCCAGGGGGACAGCCGUCUGGAGCAGCAGGGCUGCUACCACCAUUGCGUGGAUGAGAACAUUGAGAGGAGAAACCACUAUUUAGAUCUCGCUGGGAUAGAGAACUACACGUCCCAGUUCGGGCCUGGCUCCCCGUCCGUGGCCCAGAAGUCAGAACUGCCCCCCCGCACCUCCAACCCCACGCGGUCUCGCUCCCACGAGCCCGAAGCCGUCCACGCCCCCCACCGAAAGCCCCCAGGUGCAGACCCAGGCUCCUCCCACGGCCUUGACACCCCGUUCGCCAAGGUCCCGGAGGCCCAGCAGCGGCUCCGGGGCGCCCAGGACGGGAGCAAGCACUUUGUGAGGUCCCCCAAGGCCCAGGGCAAG